AUGUGGGACAUAUACAUCUUCCCAAGCGUGCUCUCCAUCUCGGAGAACAGCUACACUGUGGCCAUCAUUCCUUGCAUCCUAUCUGGCCUCCUGAGUCCUCACCAGCCCAUUGCCAUUCAAGACGGUCAUGCCCACUCGUCUCCUGCCUCACUUGUGCGGCCCACAGUGCUUUUCCUGCUCCUGGCCACGCAGCCUGAUCACUGUGUGGCCAUCUGCAACCCCUGUGAAUUCACCACCACAGCCGUCCUGGGGAAGAGGCCUGUGCCAGUGGACGUCUGCGUCUCUAAGAAAUGGCCUGGGCAUGGCCUUGUCCAGGUAACAUCUGUGUUUGGCCUGCCCUUCUGUGACGCCCUUGUCAUCUUUCACUUCUUCUGUGACAUCAGGCCCCUGCUGAAGCUGGCCUGCGUGGACACCCCUGUCAGCGAGAUCAUCAACUUUGUCGUCAGCGUCUGUGUCCUGAUUCUGCCCACGGGCCUGGUCUUCUCCUGUGUCCUCAUCGUCUCCACCAGCCUCAAGAUCCCCUCCGCCCGGGGCCGGAAGAAGGCCUUUGCCACCUGCACCUCCCGCCUCAUGGUGGUCAUCGUCCACUGUGGCUGUGCCUCCGUCAUCUACCUCAAGCCCAAGUCCCAGAAUUCCGUGGGGCAGGACAGACUCAUCUCUGUGACCUACACCAUCCUCACUCCCCUGCUGAGCCCUGUCGUGUACAGCCUGGGGAACAAGGAGGUCAAAGGUGCCGGUGCAGAGCCGUGGCAAAAACACUGCUCAACUCUCAGUGCAUCGAGACUGUGAUAGUUUCUCUCCACGUACUCGUUCCUCUGAGUGUUGACUCGCAGGGACAUCGUGAUUCUCCACAGCUCCACGGAGCCUCCAAUGGGGCCUGCCCCUGCAGUGUCCUCUCCGGAGACGUCUCCUGUCGCACUUCAGUCAUAUUCCCAUGA